UUCCAUUCCUACUUAGAAAAAGAAUAGUCACAGAGAUGGAUGCCAAUGCCUCACAGACCUCAGAAAGAGCACCUCUUUCCAUAUCAGUCUGCCUACAAUCUGAUGUUUUGAUGGGACAUCAGUCUCCCGACAUCCCUGACUCUAUGGUGUGCCUCCUGGCCAGAUUCAUAUGAACCUUGUGGAGGAAACCAAAACGUGGAGCCUCCUCUUGACCUAUCCAUCAUCGAGCCCAUUCCCUCUUUCUCUCUCGACCCUACAGUGAGCAUAAGUGUAGAUCCGGACACAGCACAUCCUAAUCUCAUGCUGUCCGAUGAUCUCAAGCGGGUGAGAUGGGGUAGCAGAAAGCAGGACUUGUUGAAUAAGCCUGAGAGAUUUGACUGGGAGCCUUUUGUGCUUGGGCAUCAGAGGUUCUCUUCUGGAAGACAUCGGUGGAUGGUGGAAGUGGAAGAGAUGCAAGUCCAGUCAUCAUCCGUGGAGACCACCCAAGAGUCAGUGAGGACCAAAGGGAAAACCGGCUCCAAUCCUGAGGAAGGCAGCCAUGGGGACACAGAAAAGAAGACAGCACCCAAGUGGGUGAUGUGGGCAGUGGGAGUUGCCAAGGAGUCUGUCAUAAGGAAAGGAAAAGUCAACCUGAAUCCUAGUGGGGGGAUUUGGGCUCUGGGGAAGGCACCGCUGGACUCUCUGAGGGCUCCACUCUCUCCGUAUCAGCUCACGGCAUUCACUUCUCCAGAGAGAAGCCUUGUAGAUAUGAGACGUGAGCUCCAGAAGAUACAGGUGUCCCUGGACUAUGAAAAAGGCCAUGUGGAAUUUUUCGACACUGACACAAAUGACUCGAUUUUCACCUUUUCUUCAGUCGCCUUCUCUGGGGAGAGGAUUUGUCCCUUUUUCUGGGUGUAUUGGGGUGUUAGGUUGAGCUGUUGAACCAGAAGGAGGACUCUGUGACUACACCUUCUUCCAUCAUAAAUGAGAAAAAAGAUCUGUUCUAUCGCCAGCUUCCAACCUGGCAGUCUUCAUACUGCUGGAUCGCAGCUCCCAUCGCGUCCCCCAAGUCGAAGGGUUGUAUUGUCUGGGAGUGAGAGCUGGGAUCCAACCUAUCUGGAGGCUCCCUAGUUGGGGAAAGCUAGUUUUCAGUUUCCUGAGAGUUAAAUGACAUCCAUAUUCUCAAUUAUAUUGGACCAAGACUGUCAGAUCCUAAUCUUUACAGUUGUUCACCUACAAACAAUACAUAUGACAGAAAACAAUUUAAAUAAACAGAUUUCAAGACUUC